UGUAGCCGGAUGUGGUGUGUGUUACCACGACGACGUGACGUUCGUAGCUGAGGCAACAUGGCGAACGGUGGAGUGACCGUAGAUGACAUGCGAUAUGCUGAAUACACUCCUAAAACAACCGUGAGGAGCGACACGGACAUAGACAGACGGCUGGGAGGGACUCUGAUUGCAGUCGGUCUUGGUGUGGCAGCUGCAGGGUUUGCAGGCCGCUAUGCAUUCCACCUGUGGAAGCCUCUUGGACAAGUCUUCUCUGAAACUGUCAAGAAGAUGCCAACAUCAGGUUUCUCAUCAUAUUACAAAGGAGGUUUUGAGCAGAAGAUGUCCAAACGAGAGGCCAGCCUCGUCCUUGGUAUCAGUCCAACCAGCACUAAGGCCAAGGUACGUGAGGCCCAUCGGAGGAUCAUGGUCCUGAACCAUCCAGAUAAAGGUGGGUCACCGUAUCUCGCCGCCAAGAUCAACGAGGCCAAAGACCUUUUGGACAAAGAGUCCCGGCGAUGACCUGCACUGUUAACGAACAUUUUAAAGAUGUCUAUCACCUCGUGCAUCAUCUCCUCUCUGUAGCUCUGCUACAUAGACAUCAUCACCACACCAGUGAAUCCAUUCAAGCUCCUGGAUGAAUUGAAGAACAAAAAUUAUACUUUCAUGACAGUUUAACAAGAUUACUUAACUUAUCAUUGACUUAAUUUGUCAUCAUAUAAAUUUGUAUUUCAACCAAGAGUGAAGAUUUACUUGAAAUGGCAAAUGACUGAACAGUCAGGGGUGGGUGAAGUUGCAGUGUCGCCCUCUAGUGGUAGCUGUUCCACAUCGAGUGCUUCUGCUGGGUUCAUGACUUGCUGUGUAAAAAUGAGUGUACAAAUGUCAGCAUAUAUGGUAUCGUGUAAUGAUGUAUUCUAUUUAAAGAUCAGUAGAAUAAUAAAUUUAAAUAUUUCCAUGAUUAAAUAGGUAAUGUAGAAGUGGUUAAAAACCUACCUACAUAAACCUGGUUUAUUAAAUAAAGCUUUUUAACACUGAAAAAAAAA